GCUGAGCUCAGCAGCAGAAACCUCCUCCCCAAGCCCUGCUCCGUCUGCCAUCAUCCCCAGCAGCACCACGCCCAGCGCUUUCCAUGCCCUGCAGAGCAGGCUGGUGGCCCGCAGUGCCCACUGCCUGCAGGCCCAGCCAGCCAGUACCCUCCAAGGAGCAGCAUCUGCCAGUAGCCUGCUGCAAGGGCUGAGCUUCAGCCUGCAGGACAUCGGGACCAAGUCAUCAGCCCUUCCUGCCAGCAUGGCUGCUGCUGGGCCACCUGUGCAGACCUCAGCUGUGAAGACACCUGCACCUAUCCAGAACCUGAGUGCCAUCACCACGGGCACUGGCACAAUUGUCCGCACCAUCCCGGUUGCCACCUCUUUGUCUCUGGGAGCCUCGGCGAGCGGGAAGCCCACGGCCAUUCACCAGUUGCUGACAAACGGGGGGCUGGCGAAGCUGGCCAGCAGUCUCCCUGGCUUGGCUCAGAUCUCCAACCAGGCAGCAGGCUUGAAGGCUCCAACAACCAUUACUGUGACUCUGCGUGGGCAGCCCAGCCGCGUCACCACGCUUAGCCAGGCUGCGAUGGGGACUGUCCAGCCCCAGCUGGAGGAACAGCCGAUGCAGACGCAGGCACCUCAGGCUCCAGAAGGUGCUGUUGGGAACCUGGCCGCCCCAGCUGCCAGCGCCGCCUCUCCUGGUAAGCUGCUGUCUCAGAUGGAUUUCAGCAAAGCCCAGGCUGGCGCAGAGAUGGCUCCUGCUGACCCUGCAGCACUCCUGACCUCCGCAGCACCCGUAGUGACCACCACCAGCCCCAUGAAGACGCUCUACGUCAUGUCGGACGCCAAGCUGUCUGCGCUCACCAAAUCUGUGAUGGGUGAGGCCACCUCUGUCCCCCUCAAAUUGUCGGGCAUCCAGCCUCCCUCCUCCUCCUCAUCUGUCAGCUCUCCUACUGGUGCCGUCACCUUUGCCACCUCACCCCUGGCCAGCGUCCCCAGCCCUCCCAGCAGCCUGGUACACACAAAGGUGGGACCUGUCCUACAAACCACUUCCAAGACUGUCAUCCUGACCUCAACGCUGGCUGCGGUGAAGGGUGAUGGACCCCUGGGACACAUUGGGGAGAAGGUCAGCCUGACCAAGAGCACUGCAGCCCUUGGCCAUGCUCUGGGAGCAGUGGAGACCCUGGGGAGGGUUCCCUCCGUGGUGGAUGACGGGAGCACCAUCAUCCACACCAGAGAGGCUCUGGCCAACAGGCACUUGCUGCCCCAGGGUGUGAUGCCAGGAGGGGCUGGCACCACGCUCCUCACGCUGGGCAGCAGCCUGGCCAGCUCCUCCAUCAUCGCCACGGCGGGGUCCACGCUUGGCCAGAAGCCAUAG